GUAACGAGGGCAAUUUGGAUGGUGAGCUACUUCUCAUUUCUGAUCAUAAUAAACGCCUUUUGCAAUGAGACCCGACAGCCUUUGUGGUAAAAUAUCGGCGAAGAUCAAUAAGCUGUUUUGUAAAACUACAGACUUGGAUGAACAGUUAAGAACUGGUCACGAAAUCUGUGAUUGUUUAGAGAAUGCGGCUGCGGAGAGAGAAAUUCAGGAUCUAACAUUCGUUAUUCACGAUAAGAUACAGUAUUAUCUGAUGUCAACAAUGCCAGAUAACUUACAAGAGUCUGACACUCAACAGCUUCGUCGUUUAUGUCUUGAAAUCAUCCAGAAAAUCCCAAAUGGUGAUCAUUUAAGACCUUUCGCUCGAUCUCUUCUUGAAAUGCUGUUUAAAUUAGUGGAAGUUGAAAAUGAAGAUAACGUCCUUGUUUGUGUGAAGCUGAUUAUAGACAUCCAUAAAUUUUACCGACCAUCAUUCUCAAAUGAUGUCUCACGGUUUUUAGACUUUGUGAAGGAAGUGUACAGUGACCUAAGGUUUCGAGCCAACAAGAUUUUUGAGCCAAGGGUAAAGUUGGAAGUUCCUGCAAUUUCCGAUAUUGAUCUUGAGGCUGAAGUUUUAAAUACAUACACAGUUACAAGUGUUUACACACAGGAGCUUAAAAACGAUGGUUCUUUCAUGGUUUACCACAUUCUCCCCAAAUCUGGGUUUUCUUUAAAAGUCAUGCAAGAGAUUCCUAUUUUAGUGGUUCUAAUGUACCAACUAUUCAAGCAGCAUAUUCACCAAGAUGUUUCUGAUUUCAUUCCAUUAAUAAUGGAUUUCAUCAACCUCAAACCAACAGAAGAACAAAAGAAAAGUGCUAACUUUUGUCAAGAAGUUUUCAUUGAUUUUAUGGCUGCCCAGGUGAAAACUUUAUCGUUCCUCGCCUACGUAAUUAAAAUAUACCAAGAUUUGGUUGAGCUACACUCGGUCAGCCUUGUUCAAGGCAUGAUGAAUUUGUUGGUCAAUUGUCCUCCUUCAGUAACGAAUAUGCGUAAGGAGUUUUUUAUUGCUGCUCGUCAUAUUCUCAGUGCACAGGAAAUACGUCCUAAAUUUCUUCAAGUUUUGGAUGAACUUAUGAAUGAAGACAUUUUAAUUGGACAAGGAUAUACCAUUCGUGAUGCAUUGAGACCAUUGGCUUACAGCACAUUAGCUGAUCUUACUCAUCAUAUUCGUGGUUCUCUUAGCCUUUCUAAAAUCGCUCGUGCCAUUGAUGUUUAUGGUCGCAAUAUGCAUGACCAUACACUCCCGUUUUCAAUUCAGCAGAUGAGCUUACGUUUGAUACUAAAUCUGGUUGAGUGUAUAAGACAACGAGCGAUUUCAGCCACAUCCGCUAAUCAAGGGGCAUCAGCCGCAAAUGCUGAGGACCAGAAUAAUGAAGUUUUUUCCGGAACUGCAAGACGUCUGCUUUUGCAGACAUUAAAUUUGUGUGUGUUAAAAGCCAAGGUGGUGGCAGAUCACUACAUACCUGCAUUAGAGUCUACAUGUGUAUUGGAAACAGGUGAAGAAGUAACGUGCAAUUCAGCAAAACAGCGUCCAAGGUCCAUACAUGCUUAUCUUUUUGCCAAUAUUUCCUCUUUUUCGAGUGAAUUAAACGAAGUUGGCUCAUUUACUGAUAAAAGUGUCCCUGCUUCGGAUUUUUCAAAUAUUCUAAAUUCGGGAACUGAUGCAUCAAAAGUGCAUGAACCCCGGAUCGUUGAACCGUUGGCUAAAUUACAACUUAGCUACACAGAUGUCCGGACUCUUGUAAAAGCACUUAUCACUGGCAUUCGUACUGUAAUGACAAGCAUGAUCCAAUGUCCACAUGAUAAUAUACUUCAGACAAAUAGUGUCACAUCAGUCUCUUCAACAUCAUCAAAGCAAUCGAUUUCCAAUCGAAUUCUUAGCCCAGAUGAGUUAGUAGUCUUAACAGAAUAUUUCUCGUAUGGAAUGCGUAUGAUCGACAUUGUGCAGUUUGUUAGCCGAGAUGGUCGACUGUAUUUAAGAAGCCAGCCAAGUACCAAAUCUCCUGAUGAACGCCUACUUAUUGAGACAUUUGCCCUUACAUUUGCUCAAUUAAAUCCAAUUUCAUUUCAUGAAAUUUUUUCUUGUAAAAUUCACGAUUAUGUUGUUUGGUGCAAUCGCAGCGCAUCCUACACUAAUAUUGCGUUACAUUUACUUUCUCAACCAAAUAAAACAUCAUAUUUUGGUUAUAUUUUGUUAUCCUAUCUAGUUGAUAGAUUAGAACGUUUGGGAGAUGGCACUAAUGAAUCUGCACUUUAUAUGCGAUUAUUAAAGUUAUGCUUCAGUUCUGUAAAUAUGUCUGGCACAGAAAAUGAAUUAGUUAUGAAGCUUCAUUUACGCCGUAUCGUUCAAGGCAGCAUGCAUUACUGCCUUACAGCUAAAGAGCCUACAGCAUAUCUCACUUUAUUACGAACUCUUUUUCGGUCAAUAGGGGGCGGAGCACAUGACAAACUUUAUCGUGAAUUUUUUCCCUUAUUACCUGAAAUGUUAACUACGUUGAAUCGUUUACUGCGUUCACCACAUCGUUCGAAUGCUCGUGAUCUAUUGGGUGAACUGUGUGUUAUUGUCCCAGUUCGUUUGUCCACAUUGCUCCCCUAUUUGUCUCUGUUAAUGGAACCGCUAGUUUAUGUGCUGAAUUGCAAUACUGUCAACCAGGGUCUCCGUACUCUUGAGCUUUGUGUUGAUAAUAUGCAACCAGAUUUUCUUCAUGAUCAUUUAUAUCAAGUACGUGGGGAUAUGUUAUUGGCGUUGUACAACUCACUUCAUUCACCUAGUGAAUAUGUACAAAAAAUGUCAUUCAAGGUACUUGGAAAAUUAGGUCGAUUUAAUCGUACUAAUUUACUUGAAACACAACGUUUACGUAUUAGCUCAACGGAAGGUGAAGCCGGUCCACAACUACGUUUUCACAUGAAUGAAUUUCGAAAUCAGCCUAUUGAUAUACCGAUUAGAUGUCUUGUUGAUGCUGCUGUGGAAGUAUUACAGGAUUCUUCUUCUGAUGAGCCUAGUAAACUUCGCUCUUGGGAGUUUCUUCAGUCAAUAUGCGUAGCUGCUUUGAACUCAAACCACUCUCAACAAUCGUCAGUCGGCGUAGAAGAUUUCUACAAUUGUUUCCUUGGCGAUACAGGACUGAAUAAUAGGAUAUUGCAGUAUAUUGAUGAUAUGUAUUUAACGUCCUAUUCCGAAAAUCUUUCCAUUCAGUCAAUUCGUCCAAGUUGUUGCAUGGCUGAUGAUUUAUGUAAUCAUGUUAUGAUAAUGGCUAUAGCUGGGCUACUUUUGGCUGGUCUGAGCAAAGAAUUGUAUAAUGCCCAUGGAGAUUUUAUUGCGUUUAUUGUCAGACAUGCAACAUUCCUGUCGAUUAUGCAACAGUUCACUUCACUUCAUACGGAAAUCAAUCGUGACCAUAUUUCACACUCUAGCACAUCAUUCGAGUUGAAAACAUUGUGUAAAAUUGAUACUGCACCUAAAUUACCAUUCUCUAACGAUAUAACUACUUCCGGAGAUGAUCAUUUUCUAGAGCUAGAUAUAUUUAGUAUAAGCCAAGACCCUGAUACAAUUACUCCUGCUGUCAAUGAACCUCAAUCAUCGAAUCAAGAAUUUCUUCCAAAUAACUCAUCUUCACGUUUAAAUCCGAAUAUAAUUAUUGACUCUAUCAUGUUUGUUAUGGGUCAUGAAGCGAAACAACUUACUCGAAAUAUGUGCGUAUUUCUAGAAAUUAUACAUAACACAUCAUUUACUAUAUUAUCCGCUGUUACUACAACAUCUCGAGAAAAUAGUGAUCAUUUUACUACAGAGAUGAUUAGAAAAGCUGUUGCAAAUCUACAAAUUUUCCAGCAUAUUGGACAUGUCAUUGUUGAUAUGUUAUAUCAUCCAGCAUGGUACGUUAAAUGGGGUGCUUGUGCUUCCAUUCUUUGUCUUGCUCGUUUCAUUCAUCCUUCAUGGUUCUGUUCAAAUCUUAUCAAUUUGCUACGUGGCCUACUUUAUUGCAUUCAUAUUUUAUCAAAUCAAAUGAAUCAAGGAGCUCUAGUGAUGGCUCGUGACUGCGCACGUAUAAUUAUUAGCAUGGUUGUCAUAAGUUUAAAAGAUUCAAAUGAAACCAAUCACUCUUCACACUCGACUGUUGUUGAAGAGGAAGAUGUGAAAUCAGGCAAAUCCACUCCAAUAUCCACACGUAAACGCUCUUCAACAACUUCACAACGUCGUACAGUUCAAGUUAGACGUGGUCGUAGUGCAGCUAACGCAACUUCAGAAUCAUCAAAUAAUGAAGCAUCAACCAAUGUAGUUGAUGAAUCAUUGGAAAUCGAUAAUCAAGAUAAUGAAAAAGAGCUCACUCCAAAGUUAUCAUCGUCUCUGACAACUUUAUUGGAUGCAGUUAUCGUAGAACUAUUAGAUUCACUUUUGAGCGAAACCGAUUCUGUUCGAACCGAAGCACGUUGUCUUUUGAGAUUACUUGCUUAUACAAUUGAACAACCAUUAAGUAAGUUGUUAGCGCCACAUUGGUAUAAACGUAUUGGACAUGUUUUACCUCCGAAACAACCAAGUCGUCUACUGGAUUUACCUAUUUCAACUCAGUUAGCUGUACUGGAAGCAAACUAUUUCUUUGGUCAGUCAGAGAAAUUAAAACAUCCAUCUAAAAUUUCAGAUAGCUCUAAGCUUUUUGACUUUGACAUAGAUAAUAACGAUGAUGGAGUAGGACUUCUACGUUAUGAUCUUUCAAAAAGAGAUGAUUGUAUCUUUCUAUCCGAUGUACGUUCACUUCUUACUCAAUUCGAGUUGAAUAAUGAUUUCACUGCUAGUACUAAUAAUUCUACAACUACCAACACUAUAGCUGUUGGUAGUAGAGCUGUAAACACUAGUGUCAAAAAUAAUUUAUCAAUAAAUUCUGAUCAAGAAAAAGGUACAUUCAACGGAACUUACUCAUAUUCCAAGUUUACACCGUUCAACUCUAGAUCUGUCAUACCACUUUCUAGUAAUUGUAUGAGAUUAAUUAAUCUUCGAGUAGCUGCUUGUCAAGUAUUAUCUGUCACAUGGUAUUUAGAUACACAAAAGGCAAGAAAUCUAACAGCACUAUUCAAAGGUAUGUCCUGUAAGAAUGAAUAUAUUCACGAAACAGCUUUUUCAUGUCUUCGAGAAUUUAUCAGUAAAACAUCUAUUGAUAUUGAAUUAAGACAUGCUAAUAUGAAACAGAUUGUGCAAAAUAUUCGACAGAAUUCUAUACGAUGUAUUCAUACAGUUCGACAAUUAGCUUAUUGUGCUCAAUUAUUUCCGAGUACACUUAGUGAAAGGCUAUGUGAUGCAAUUUAUUCACAUUUAAACACAUCUUUGGAAGCUGUAGUUAACAAACAAAACUCUGCAUCAAUCUCUACAUUCACUUCAUCUAAUUUGGAAUUAUGCACAUUAUUGUUGGAUUUAUUUCAUCUGAUUCCCUUGGCAACUUCAAAAUAUGUUUCGCUUUUGAUUGAGUCUGUAGUCAACGCUGAACGUUUAUUGAACAUUGAACCUACUAGUCCUUUACGUUUACCUUUAACACGUUUCCUAUCUCGUUAUCCAGCUGAAACAUGUGCUCUCCUACUAACUGGUUCGCGAUGGCCUUAUAAUUCACAUGCAAAUAGAAUAUUCUUGUUUGCUCUUAGUUGUUCACAUGGUCAACCUAUAGUGGAUUAUUUAAGAACAAAUUAUCAUAUACUUAUGGAUCUUAUUCAACCCGAUGAAAUUAGUGAUCAAAAAAAUGAUGCAGAUGGACAAUUAUGUUUACCUCAAGUUGGAACUCUUUUGACAUGUGCAUGUCCAAGACAUUUAGCGAUUCGUGCAGUUCAUACAAUCCAUAAAAUAUCAUUAAAUUGGUUAACUGUCAAGAAUGUUUCAUCUAAUGAUAUAUCUAAAAAUAAUUCACGACUUAAAUCAAAUCAAUCCAAUUCUGUAUGGGAAACCAAAUAUCAUCCAUUAGUUUCAUCUUUAUUAGCUUAUUGGCAGUCAAAUCUAUUCGUUCGACGACAAUCUAACCUAACUUUAAUCACCUUGACUAAAGAUGCAAUUAGACAUCAAGAAUUAUUAAAUGAUUGUGCUACAAAUAUACUUGAAACAAAUCCAUCAAUUUCAUCAAAUAUAUCUGGUAGAAUAAAUAUACCCACCGGAAGUAAAUCAACUAUUGCAGUUGGAACAGACAACUUACCUUGUGAUCCUUCUUCAUUAAUCUCUUCAGGUACAUCAGAUCAUGCUCAUUGGGAUGAACCAAGACUUUUAUUGGAUUGUUUAUUAGACUGUUUCAAAUCUCGUCCAGAUGAUUUUGAUCUGCUGUUUGUUAUUACAAUCGGUGUAACACGUCUACGGUAUGUGGCAGAUCUUUAUCCACUACGUUGUUUAUUAGUUCAAUUAAUUUCUGAAUCUGAUCUUACAUGGCAUCGUCAAUUAUUCCUCCAUUUUAUCACUAUUGUGAAAAACCGUCUGAACUUUUUGAAUAACAGCAAUUCACCUGAAUUCAGUCCGAUUACUUUCGGAAUAUAUAAUCCAAUUUCAACAGAAGAUAUGUACAAAUUAUUAGCUCAUCUUAUUCUGCCAUGCCUAUCAAAUGCUUUGGAACGUGGAGAAAAUGAAAUAUUUCUUGGUGGACCUCCGGAACCUUUUGAAAUGAAUCACUAUGAUUUAGUACACUUGUUCGCCUCAGUUUUACUUGAAGAUCCAGCUGUUCAAACAUGUACGGAACUUCGUGUUAUGUAUUAUCAAAUGGCUAGUUUAUUUGUUUAUCAUACACCGAAUUAUGUUCACAUGGGAAGUGCUUGUGAACAAAGUUAUCGCCUUUGUAAAUUCACUGAGUUCGCCCGUCCUUGUUUAACAAGUAGUUUAACUGCUGUGGAUCUUCAAGAAAAAUAUACUGGUCUUCAAUUAUUAUCCCAUUUAAUUGCAAAAUUCAAUGUGUUACGUACAGCUACUGUACAAGUGUUUCAAUGUUUAGCAAAAGGCGCACAUACAGAAACAAAGAAAAUUGUUAAUCCUGCAUUGGAUAUUCUAAUUCCAGCCUGGAUACAGGGACCUGAAGACCAGAAAGCACUUGCGUUGGCAACUAAAAAAAUUAUGCUAGAAGAUCAUGGUAUUCAAUCAUGUGUUCAUAUUCUAGGAAUAAUUGUUCGACAUUCAGAUUUGUAUUAUCCAAUACGUCAUCAAAUAUUACCUCAUAUUAUACUUAUUAUAUCUCGACUUUCUGUUCAACAAUUACCUGUUGAACAACGUCGAUUAGCUUUAGAUAUGAUCUAUACUACAGCUCAAUGGGAUGUUCGGUGUCGCCGUGAAAUAACUGAGAAUUAUUCAAUGGAGAUAACUGAUGAUUUAAAUCCAUCAGAUAAUAAUAAUAAUAAUCUUUCAUUAACAGAGAAUCUGAAUAUCCAAACUUCAGCUAAAACUGAACCAAAUAACUCUCCUAUGGAUAAGCCGCAGCGUGAUCAACUUGUAAAUCUUUUAAUUCGUUUCGCCUGUCAAGCUAUUGACGCUAGUCAAAGUGGAAGCUUGUCUGAACAGUCUGUAUCCCGAACGCUAGCUCAACUAGAAUUCGCUCUUCGCUCUGAUGUAUGGGGUGGUGAAACCUGUGAACUAAGACUUGCAUUUAUUGACCGUUAUUUCACUCCGGACGAUUCAUCGUCUUCACACUCGGGUACACCAUCUGGAGGAGUUCCAGCUAAUAGUCUCAAUACACACGGAAUACACAUGAGUGGGACUUCAAACACUACACCUACAUCUACUUCCUCUGGACCCCACACAAAUGCAUCAUCUACUAAUGCUCUUGGUGCAACACAAGCCACCAGUUUGUUAAUGACUUUGGAGGUUCUUCGUGUCUUGUUCUCAACUUUGGAAAGCCCAACUUUAUUAAUCAAUGUAAAACAUUUCAGUGUUGGUCUAUGUAAUGUAUUGACACGACAAUUGACUAAUGUUCGUUUAAUUCGUUCUUGUGCUGGUCUUUUACGUGCUAUGCUUGAGCGUUAUCCAGCCGAAGCAUCACAUCGUCAGAAAGUUACUGCUUAUCCUGAAUUAUAUGAUAUUUAUUCAACAGUCUUAAAAGCAAUACAAGAUUCAUUCACAAUGUUUAGUGAAAAUGUUUCCAAAGCAACAUUAUUAACACGAUUACAAUCGGCAUUUCUUCUGUUCACAUCAACACAAGUUCAGUCUAAUCCACAUGCAUUUGUUGAUCGAUGUAUUGUACAAUUAGUUAAACUUGUUAAUCGUCUUAUACAAGAUUUAGUUACACCGAACAGUAAUUCUAAUGCUCAAGAAUCUGGUACAUCUGCACAGCUUACUGACUUACUAAUUAUGGGUCUUGAAAUGAUCAAGUCGCGAUUGAAUGUUGUUAGUCAUGAAAUGCGUAAAACUAUCUUUGGUCCAGAUUUAUGUUUAAUAAUGGAUAGAGCACGAGAUCCUCGUUUAUUCUGUGCUGUUCUACAAGUUUUACGUGAUUGGAUAAAUGUACCAAAAUCAGAAGAACAUUUUGCUCCAACAGCUCGUGAAAAAGUCAACUUUUUCUAUAGACUUUGGCAAGCUUAUCCACGUUGGAUUGACAAUUCACCUGAUGUUGCCAGAGAAAUUCUUGAAUGCGUGUACGAUGUUUAUGCCAGUACAAGUGUAUUUAAAAAUCAUGAUCUUUAUAUGAAAUUGGAACAAGCCUUUUGUUGUGGCCUUAUAUCACCAUUUCCUGAUAUUAAUGAACGUUUCAUUUCUUUGUAUUUGGAAGCAUCUCAAAUUCGUUAUCCAACUAAUAGUUAUUCACGUAGAAUAGAUGUUAAUGUAUCAAAUUGCAAUAAUGAAAAUAUUCCUUUAUCAUCAUCAACUGAUCCGAUCGAUUCUUAUUCUGACAAAGAAAUUUUAUCUGCUGAUCAAUCGAUUUCAUCAAAUUAUUCUUGUGCUUCACUAUUAGUUCGACUAUUAUUUCUUCUUGUUUCCAACACUUGGGAUGAAGCUCAUUUUCGUGACGGAUUUUGGUUAUCUGUAUUUUUAGACGUACUGUUGUGCGAUGUGGAUACAACCGCUCCACCAAUGUUGUCCAUAAAUGCUCAAUGCUUUAAUAACAUUUUCAAUUAUUGUUCGAAAUUACCCAGUGUCUCAACAAAUGAAAUAUCAAUUGAUUGUUUGAUCCCUGAACAAACUACCACUCAACAAUCAUGUGACCCACUUCCAAUUAACGAAUUUAAAGUUCUUAUCGAAUCACAAAUUAAAGGGUUAAAUGAAUUACAUAAACUGUCAAUCAAUGCAGGACUACGAGGUAUGCUAUGUCUCGCUCAUAAACGUCCAGCCCUGGCUAGCAAUAUUUUUCAGCAACUUUGGCCUCAAAUAUGGGAUCGUUUACUGCUACAACAGUCAGAAACGUUUUGUUCUUCAUCUGAGUCUAAGCCAGCAGAAUAUUCUGAAACAAAUUCAUCCGUUCAAGAACAUUACAAUCCAUUGCAAACGGGCUUCGUGCAUGAAUCACUACAGACUGGCUGCUUAGAAUCAUCAAUCUUAUCUGAUAGUCCUGCAGUAAAUGGUCAUAAUUUGUCUCCAAAUGAAAUUCGGGGUUUCGUUAUUCCUCAGUUGAUUCGUUUCCUAACCUCAGAUCAGCAUGUACAUCCAGCUGAACCUCAACCGAGUUCCCUUGGGGCUUUCUUCAAUGCUUUGGCCUCAUGCCCAGAUACACUGCUAAUUCAUUUACCCUUACCUGCGAUCACUUAUCUAGGACAAGCUCACAACCAAUGGUAUACAGUUGUUCUAUUUCUUGAAUCAAUGUGUUUUCAAGCAUCUAAAUUUAAUAGCCAAUGCAUUUUGAAUGAUUUGAUCUACUCAGUCGAUCCGCCUUCCAAUGAACAGACUGACUUUGUUCUUUCUAAUUUAAAACCCCAUGAAUUCCCAUUUGGAGCUGCAACUCUAUCACUCAUUUCAUUAUAUAAUGAAAUGAAUGAUAUUGACUUUUUAACUUUCGCUUGGUGGUAUCGACUAUCUUCUCACCAGCGACAUCAAAAGUCAUUCGUUGAAAAUAUGAACGAUUCUGUACGGUCAUCGUCAGUACUUACAUGUUUAGAAUUUGCUCAGCAUGGUUACCUCUUACGAUCUUUGGAUUAUGCUAUGGAUAAUCUUUCAGGUAGUCAAGUUCUGAGUACUACGAAUUCACUAGAAGCAUCAUCAUGUGUGGGAAGUUCAGCAUCAUUAAACCGUGCAGCUGCUGCCGCAGCCGCAUCAUCGUCCAACUCAUUUCCUUCCAGCCGCACAAAUAUUCUUGCAGAUCCUUCACUACAUUUAGGAGAACUUGUUAAUCGUGCACGUCUUCGUGAUUACUGUGUCCUACAAUUAAAACAACUUGGUCAAUGGGAAAGUCUAGAUUCUUUAGCAUCUUCUAUUCAAUCGGCCAAUCAUAUGACUAGUUCAUUCGGUUCUACUUCAACUGCUGGCGGAAAUCCGAACACUGCAGCUGUUGUUAGUUCAAGCAAUUCUGGUGGUUCUAGUUACUGGGGUUUAAAAGCAGAUGCAGCAUGGAGACGAAGUGAUUGGUCUGAAGUAUAUUAUGAUUUGGCUAGAUUGGCUAAUGAAUGUCCUCGUAGUGAACUACCAAGAUAUGCUCUUAUUCAAGCCGCAGCUUGUGUAGCAGGACGUCGAGCACCUGGACUGGGAACAAUCAAUAAUCCAAGUGUAGAUAUUAUUGAAUCUUAUAAUCCUAGUUUAAAUUCAAAUGAUAUAUCCACUGGAUCAACAACUACUGGUCCUAAUUCAUCUGUUCCAAAUAAUACUAAUUCAACUAAUGUCACUUCAACUCCUUCGUCUAAUGCCCUGCAUUCUAAUACUGGAUCUGUAUCACCUAUGAACAAUAUUGUCAAUAUGAUUCAUGCUUCAGAACAAGAAAGUCAUCGUGUUGUAACUGUUACACUUAUGGAAUGGAGGCGUUUGCCUCUUAUCGUUACUGCUCAACAUAUACCAUUACUUCAGAUUGCUCAUCGUGCAGUUGAAAUAACCGAAGGUAAUAGUUUAUUAGCUCAAUAUUGUGGCCAUGUUCUGGGUGGUUCUACUCUUGGUUCUGGCGUGUCUAAUUCUUCUUAUUCUAGUCCUAGUCAAACCAGUUCUGGUUCAUCCACACCAGUACCACAAACAAAUUCAAUUUCCACAUCUGCAUCAUCAGCAAAUAUGCGUUUACCUUUUAAUCAAGCACUUCAUGAUUAUAAAACUGUAUUCAAGUCAUGGCAAAGUCGACCAUGUUCAAUUGGAGAUGAUUUAGGAUUUUGGCAUGAUCUUUAUUCAUGGAGACAAGUAGUUGAAGAAUGUAUCAUUAGCUGUCACCCAUUUUCCCAAAAGUUGAAAUCCGAAAAUAGUAAUUUAAUUGCGCUAUGUCAGCGUGAAUUAGCAUUGAGCCAAUUACAACUUGCUCGUGGUGCACGCAAAUGUCGUUUCCCAAGCAUUGCUCAACAACAUUUAGACAGAUAUACACGUAUGAAUCUGCCACCAUUAUUUGAGAAAACUAAACAAGAAAUCAAGUUAAAAUUAACCGAUCUACGUAAAGAUGAACUUUUGGAGGGAUUGGAACUUAUGGAGAAGACUAAUAUUCAACAGUUUGAAAAGAAAGACCGAGCUAAAUUCUUCUGCUAUAAGGCUGUUUUCUUCUCUCAUUUUAAUAAAGGCGAUGAAGCAACAAAGAAUUUCGGUUAUGCAACUCAAAUGCAAGACAAUCUACAUAAAGUUUGGUCAAUUUAUGGUGACUUUUUGGAAAAUGUUUAUUCUAGCUAUCCAUCUGUAAAACGUGAAGUUGCUGUAUCGACAACCGGUAUUUUUGCUAUGCUAGCGCUUAUGGAAGCUGCUAGCGUUUCUGGUGAUAUUGAACGAAAAAGCCGGGGUGAUAUUGCCAAGUGUUUAUGGUUAUUAACACUUGAUGAUGUUAACGGUCAACAACGCUUGGGACAUACUUUUGAAGCUAGAGCUAGUCGAGUUCGACCAGAAGUUUUUUUACCAUGGCUUCCGGAUCUUGUAGCAUCUCUUUUACGUCCAGAAGGUCGUUUUAUCGUUCCCGCUUUACGUAGAGUAAUAAUUGCCUAUCCUACAGUUCUUUAUGGUCAUUUAAAAGGUUUACAACAUCAGUUAGCUACUGAAGUUAACAAUGAUCAAAAACUUGCUGAAAUCAUUCAUAAUCCUGAAAGUAAAGAUGAUCCUUAUAUUAUUGCUAUUCAAAAUCGUAUUACAUCAACACUAGGUUCAGGAAAAGAAGCAUUCAUAAAAUGCGGUAAUUUGUCUUGGUCAUUGAAUCGUGGAACUGGUACAUUUGAUAAUCAUAAUUCCGAUGGACAAUCAGGUUACAGUUUUGGUAGUACACAUCAACCAUUUUCAUUAUCUUCAACAUCUUGUAACACUCCUAAAAUUGGUUCUCAUAAUAACAAUAAUAAUAAUUCCAACACCAUUUAUCCUAAUUCUUGUGGAGUUAAUUCAUCGGUUUCGUCGAAUUCUAAUGCUUUGAGUAAUUCGAAGAAAAAGAAGCGUGUAAUUGUUGUUAUGCGAGGUGUUGAAGGUGAACGAUUGAAUACGUCACCUAGUUCUUCACCACCGCCACAUCCACUAACACCAACACUAAAACAACAGAAACCUGAUUUAAUUGGACAAUCAUCUCGUUCAAUAAAUCAUCCUAAAAAGGUUGUUAUUCGUGGAUCAGAUCAUGACUCAACAAUACCUCCUAAUGCAGAUCACGAUCAAAUUGAUUAUUUAAGUGAAGAUGCUGAAAUGACAGAAUUAGAAGAAGAUACUGAGAUAACUGAUGCUGAUCGCGAUGAUGAGGAUGAUGAUUUCACUGGAAAUGAAGAUAUAGGAUUAUAUGAAACUGAUUCAAGUACUAAAAAUGUUAUCAAUGAUUUAGAGCCCAAAGUUGUCUUAUCCGAUAUUGAUGAUGAUGCUGUUAGUAGUGAUCCUGUUACUGGCGCCAUUUCAACUGAUUUAGUCGAACAAACAGUAGAUAUUGGCUAUGGAAAUUCAGUAACUGGUUGUUUGUCUAAUUCAGUUGUUCAUGGUCUUCACUAUGCAAAUAUUCUAAUUAAUCAACUUAAACGUAAGCAUCCAGCUCGUUUAUAUGUAGUGGAUUUAUUCACAAAUGAAGUCGGUGGUCGUUUAAGGCCUUCAUGGUCUGAACAAUUUUUAUCUCAACUAUGCUCAGUUCUGGAUUAUCUUCAACGUCUUGCGUACGCUCAUUUACAUCCGGGUAGACGGUGGAAUUUUAAAAGUUUGGAAACACAAACUAUUCCACUUUGGUUAGCUACUGAAUUAAAAAUAAUGGCCCGUUAUUGUGGUAUGCCAAGAAACACAUUUCGCUCGUCGCAUAUGACAGAAAAUACAACUCUUCACAGUUCAGUCAAAUUUGAUUCAAGCUCUCAAGUUGUUAUGUCUACCGAUUCUCAAAAUGAUGAAAAAGAGAAGUCGAAAUCCCCUCAAUCAAAAUUGACUACCCGAGCAUCCGCUUGUAUCAAACCAAAAACCAAUCUUGAUACUGCUUCUGAACAAGAUGAUCCUAAAUUAUCCAAUGAGCCACAAAAGCAAUCUGUUUUAUUGCCAAACAUGCCAGCUUUUCACGAAGUUGAUCGAAUAGCAUCUGAAGUCUUAUCUGCAGAGUGUGAAAAAGAUCCAUUUUUCAAACACCUCCGUGAUACACUGUCUACUGAAAUGACGAAUUUACAAAAUGAGAGCAUAUUGUCUCUAAUCGAAAAGCUGACACGACAUUGGAUCCCAAUGGUUGAACAACAUGUAGCUAAAUUACCUGUUCGUACUCAUAUUUCCAGUUACGGGGCAAAACGCCUAUUAGAACUACCUAAUAUAGUCUCACCUGUCAGUACACCUAUUACGCCUUCCUCGAAAUCAAAUGUAUCAAAUGCACCACAACUAUAUUCUGUUUUCUCCUCAAUUCCGACAUUUCCUUGUCUCGAACUCCCUGGGGAGUCAGGGAUUCUCCAGUCAUCUGCGGUAAAUCUAGGUUCAAUGGCUAAUUCCCAUCAUUCUCAAAACGAAUCCAGUCAACAAAUAGGUGGCUACAUUAAUAAUAUUCCUUUAUAUCUUCAUGUAGCUGAAAUUAUGCCACACGUGGAGCGAAUUCGUUGUUCAUCUGGUGCAUUUGCUCCACCUGCCCGUCGUAUCGGUCUCCGAGCUAGUAAUGGAAGGUUAUUUUUUUACGAUUUACCUUGUCCAAGCACUCCUCCAAUUAUGGAUCUAGCUGUCACGCAGAUAGAUGCAUUGAAUGGUGCAAAAUGUCAUGAACUUCUCAAUGCAAUUUCUAUUAAUGAAUCUACCAAUCUUGAACAUCUAACUGGAAAGGAAUUUUGCCCAUCGGCUUAUAUAAGCUGGAGACAGAAUGGUCCUCUUCAAUUAUUCCAGAUGAUUAAUUCUGUAUUGCUUGGACAGCCGGAAACAGCUAAAAGAAAUCUCUCAUUAUUUGUUUCAAGGCGAAUGGAAGUUGGUCCUUCUGGACUUUACUUAACUCAAGUUGGAUCAUCUGUAUCGGCAGCGAAUGUUAGUAUAGCCAGUGCAUGUCCUCUACCAUCUGCGAACCCAGUAAAUAAUCGUAGACUUACAGCUUUAGCAAGACCACCUCCUGUUGGACCCAGUUUUCCAUCAACCUCCGUGGAUGAGAAUCCAACUAAUCACGUUUCAUCAUCAACAUCAUUCUGUGAAGAAGCUUUCAAACAAUAUUCUUGGUCUUUAUCUUUUGCUGAAUCUCAUUUAACUCCACAGAAUAUCGAUAAGAAUCAAUUAUCUUGUCAAGGAAUCUUGGAAUCUCUUAAGGCCCGAAUCCGCGUACCAUCUCCUCCACCUGGACCACUACCGAAUUUAAUGACUAUUCAACCAACUAGCUUGAUUAAUCAAUCAACAGUUGUUGGAAGUGCUGCUAUGGCUUUGGAGGCUAUUGGACGUCCAGCUGGAUUAGAUGCUGGUUGUCGUUGUGUUUGUAAUACUGUUUUUGGUAUUUUAGAAAAAUCUAAUUGUACAUUAUUGUUUAACUCUAAAUACAAACAGAAAUACAAAUUUGAUGAUUUAUUACAAUCUAUGAAAUCGGAACACCAACAAGAAGGUAAAAUAAAAACUAAAUCUUCCUCUGAUCGAAUUCAAAGCUUAAUGAAUUCUUCUAUUCUUAAAAAUUCACCAACUGGUUAUCGAAAUUUCAUUUGUUUAUUUUAUGAAUAUAUUUCAAAAAUAUCCAAUCAGAAUGAAAUUACAAAUCAUGAUUUAUUUAAAAUAUUUCUUGAUCUUUCAUCACGAAUUCCACAGGCUCCAAAUAUUCGUGAUCCUGUAUUUUCAAACCUGGGAACGUUUGGUAAUGAUAAUGAUGAUUUAGAUAAUCAAAAGAUGACUUUGGAAUCUUUAAAAAAUCGAUUAGAAUUCCCACGUGGUAAACUUCUUCAGCAUUGGGCAAAAAAUCAAAUGCUUGAUUCUGAAAGUUAUUGGUUGUUGCGCCGUCGUCUAGCACAUAAUCUUGGAACUUAUGGACUUAUAGAACGAUUGUUUCAUUUAACACCUCUUCAUCCAGGUUGUCUAGUAAUCGAUCCACGUUCUGGUCAUGCUGAAGCGCAUCAUGUCUGUUUUGGAUUGCCAGGAGAUAAUUCUUCGUCAGAACAAUCUCAUUUGUUGAAUUCAGAAAAAGGAUUUAAUCAACCAUACUUUAUUUCUUGUUUCAAUCAAUCCAUGCUUAUACACAAGCUGGAAAAAUCUGGUAAAAAACACUCUUCGAAUAUUCAGUUGUCUUCUAAAAUCUCAACUGAUUCUCCCACCAUUGAUGAUAUUAGUGAUAAAUGGUUAAGUCACUAUCGUCCAGUACCAUUUCGUUUAACGCCACAUUUAGCUGGUCUUGUUUGCUUACCUGGAGCUCCAGCAAAAGUUGGUCCUUUCGCAGCUAGUUUCACUACAACUGCACAAGCUUUGAUGAAUGCGCCAUAUGAUCAUAGUUUAACCAGUCUUUAUCGAACACUUUUACGUCGUGAUUAUAUUCUAUGGCAUCGAGGCAGACAAUCUUCUAUAUAUGCUUAUCAAUUACUUAUGAGUGAGCAAGAUGAAACGAUUCAACAAUCAUCAUCAGCAUCAUCAGAAACUUGUCAACCUUCAUCAUCAUUUUCUGAUGAGAAUGAAUCUUCAACAUUGAAUUGUUGUUAUUCAUCAUCACCAACUCUUGUACCAGAUUUGACUAAUGAACAGUUAAUUACACUGAUAAAUUGUACAAUAGAAUCAAUGAAUGGUAAAUUAAAAGUUGCUUCCGACUACUCGGGAACUGAACCAAAAUCAUGGAAACUUAUCGAUGAAGCCACAAAACCUUCAAAUUUAAUUCACAUGGAUCCAAAUUUAUUACCUUGGUUGUAA